CCCGUAAGCUGUAAAGAAGUUACUGGGGGGGCGCUUUCGGCUUCCAAUUAGGAAUAAUACUGGCUUUGUAGCAACUACCGAGGAGGAGGAUUCUUAAACCACCUCUUCCGUCCCAAAGCCGGCAUCCUCCUACUUCUGUCACGUACCCCACCCCCAAUUCAUGAUCAAGUGAAAGGAGCCAGGGAAUGCUGUGCACCUCUCUGCUAGUGGGAAGCGGAGAGGCCGGCAGAGUUGUUUAGUUGGACCGUAGGCAUGAGUACAAUUAAGAGGUGGGCGUCUUCGCACCCUUUGCAGCCCUCAAGGACUGAAGUGGUCUGAAAGAGUUACCUGGGAUUCGUGUUCUGCAUAAAGGGUCCCAGAGUCGCCUCGGAAGCGAUAGGACUGAAGAGCAAACGUCGGGGAUUAUUAUGCCGAUUUUCCAAGGAACGGGGUUCGCAGCGCUGAAUAGAAGAAAAGGCUGGUUCCUCGGUUGUCCCGACAGCAUUUGAGACCUAGGAACCUCAGGAUUGCCCAAAUUGCCGUGGAUCAGCAACUUUCCUAUCGUACACUUUUUCAAAGAAAAUAUUUUCUGUUCUCUGCGCUGUCCUUUUACUACCAGCACUACACUCCCUGGUGUAGACUUCAGCCUCUUCAUUUAAAGUAUGGCUUAUGUUUUUGCCAAGUAUGAUAUCUAAUUGAAAGUUAAUUUUUGGUUUUGGAUGAAUCUGUGGAGCUCACGUUGUAAGAAGAAAGGGGGAACGAGACACAAUGAAAGAGAAGUCCAAAAAUGCUGCCCGGACUAGGAGGGAGAAGGAAAACAGUGAGUUUUAUGAACUGGCUAAAUUACUGCCUUUGCCCUCAGCUAUCACCUCGCAGCUGGACAAAGCAUCCAUAAUCAGACUCACGACCAGCUAUCUCAAAAUGAGAGUGGUGUUCCCAGAAGGGCUCGGUGAGGCGUGGGGCCACUCAAGUCGGACUAGCCCCCUGGACAACGUUGGCCGCGAACUGGGCUCCCAUCUACUCCAGACCCUGGAUGGCUUCAUCUUUGUGGUGGCCCCAGAUGGGAAGAUCAUGUACAUAUCAGAGACAGCCUCAGUUCACCUGGGUCUUUCUCAGGUAGAGCUGACCGGAAACAGCAUUUAUGAAUACAUCCAUCCUGCCGACCACGACGAGAUGACCGCAGUGCUCACCGCCCACCAACCCUACCACUCUCACUUUGUACAGGAGUAUGAGAUCGAGCGCUCCUUCUUCCUGAGGAUGAAGUGUGUCUUAGCCAAGCGGAACGCUGGCCUCACCUGCGGCGGCUACAAGGUCAUUCACUGCAGUGGCUACCUGAAGAUCCGCCAAUACAGCUUGGACAUGUCCCCCUUUGACGGCUGUUACCAGAAUGUGGGCCUUGUGGCCGUGGGUCACUCGCUGCCUCCUAGCGCUGUCACGGAGAUCAAGCUGCACAGUAACAUGUUCAUGUUUCGAGCCAGCCUGGACAUGAAGCUCAUCUUUCUGGACUCUAGGGUGGCGGAGCUGACAGGGUAUGAACCUCAGGACCUGAUUGAGAAGACCUUGUACCACCACGUGCACGGCUGCGACACUUUCCACCUGCGCUGCGCUCACCACCUGCUGCUGGUGAAGGGGCAGGUGACCACCAAGUACUACAGGUUCCUGGCAAAGCACGGCGGCUGGGUAUGGGUGCAGAGUUACGCGACCAUCGUGCACAACAGCCGCUCAUCCAGGCCACACUGCAUUGUCAGCGUUAACUACGUCCUCACAGACACUGAGUACAAAGGGCUGCAACUCUCCCUAGAUCAGAUCUCAGCCUCCAAGCCAGCCUUCUCCUAUGCCAGCAGCUCCACCCCCACCAUGAAUGACAACAGAAAGGGGGCCAAGUCAAGGCUUUCCAGCUCAAAGUCAAAAUCCAGGACUUCCCCAUAUCCUCAGUAUUCGGGAUUUCACACCGAAAGAUCGGAAUCCGACCACGACAGCCAGUGGGGCGGCAGUCCCCUGACCGACACAGCCUCCCCGCAGCUCUUGGACCCGGACCGGCCCGGCUCGCAGCACGACGCGUCCUGCGCCUACAGGCAGUUCUCGGACCGCAGCGCUCUCUGCUACGGCUUCGCGCUCGAUCACUCCAGGCUGGUGGAGGAGAGGCAUUUCCAUACCCAGGCCUGCGAGGGAGGCCGGUGUGAGGCAGGCAGGUACUUCCUGGGAACGCCGCAGGCCGGGAGGGAGCCCUGGUGGGGCUCUCGCGCAGCCCUGCCCCUGACCAAGGCCUCCCCUGAGAGCAGAGAAGCCUAUGAGAACAGCAUGCCUCACAUCGCUUCGGUCCACAGGAUCCACGGGCGAGGUCAUUGGGAUGAAGAUAGUGUGGUCAGUUCUCCAGAUCCUGGGUCAGCCAGUGAAUCAGGUGAUCGAUAUCGUACUGAACAGUAUCAAAGCAGCCCCCACGAACCUAGCAAAAUUGAAACUCUGAUAAGAGCCACCCAGCAAAUGAUUAAAGAAGAAGAGAACAGAUUGCAGCUACGGAAAGCACCCCCUGACCAAUUGGCUUCCAUUAAUGGAGCUGGGAAAAAACACUCUCUCUGUUUUGCAAACUACCAACAGCCCCCACUGACAGGCGAAGUUUGUCAUGGCUCUGCUCUUUCCAAUACUUCACCAUGUGACCACCUCCAACAGAGAGAGGGAAAGAUGCUGAGCCCCCAUGAAAAUGACUAUGACAACAGUCCCACUGCACUGUCUCGGAUAAGUAGUCCCAAUUCUGAUCGCAUUUCGAAAUCCAGUUUGAUCCUAGCUAAAGACUAUCUACAUUCGGAUAUGUCUCCUCAUCAGACAGCAGGAGACCAUCCUGCUGUCUCUCCAAACUGCUUUGGCUCUCACCGCCAGUAUUUUGAUAAGCAUGCGUACACAUUAACUGGAUAUGCCCUGGAGCACUUAUAUGACAGUGAAACCAUUAGAAACUAUUCCUUGGGCUGUAAUGGCUCACACUUUGAUGUAACUUCCCAUCUAAGGAUGCAGCCCGAUCCAGCACAAGGACACAAGGGAACAUCUGUUAUAAUAACCAAUGGAAGCUGAUGUUUUUCUAAAAUAUUUUUUUCUUCAAGGGUCUCUGAAGCAUAUUUAUAGUUUAAUGCCCCAUUACCAGCAUUUACUAUGCCACAGAUUGUUAGAGGAUAAUUUAAGUUACUGGGUGUUUGACAUGUGUUUCUGCAAAAUCAAAGAAAACAUAGCAUUCAGGGUUAUACACAGAUAAUGGAGCUGAAGUCAAUACAAAAAUUGCCCCUCUAAUUAUUUGGGAACCAGAAUAGAUACAUUUUGAAUAGAAAAAUACUCAUGUAAAUCAAGUAAGCAUAUAGACCACAUCAAAGGGCUGAUGAAUUGACAAUACUGUAUUGUGAUGAUCCAGUGAAACUCAUAGCCACAGACCACCAUUCACAAACUGUUGUGUCUACUUUACAUGUAGAACUAGAGAAUAUACACCACAAAUAUACCAAAAUGGGUAAUUCCCCUAAUUCUACCACAUCAAGCUUCUGAAAGAAAUUUUCAAUCCCAAAAUAACCAGAAAGAAAGAGAUACAUCUUGUAAACUGAUUUCUUUGUGGUUUCAAACCAGUCAGCUCAUUUAGUUCAGGCAUAAAUUAGAGAAGUGGUUCUGUCUGUAGUGCAAGAAUGAGUUUUCACCUGGUAUCCAUUAGAAGCAAUCAGGAAGUGGUGAUUUUUCACCUUGCUUUUGAGUUAGACAAGGACCAGGAUUGCGCUGACAUAGCAGUACAGGUUUUUCUAAGUAACGGCAUUGAGAUGUAGGGAGGCACAUCAAAAACGUGGUGUGCUCAAUUGGAAGUAGUUUAGUGAAGAUGGAAAGGCCAGAGGCAGAGCAGAAUGAAAUUAUAUCUCAAAACAAACAACUUAAGGCUCAGAAUAGUUAAACCUCAUAUUUGGGGCUUGCUUAUGAAACCAACCAAAUAAAAAAUUCAAACCAAUUCACCAAGAAAAAAGGCUGAUAAGUGCCAAAAUAACUGAGGAAAACCAGUGAAGUGCUACAUGACAGCGGUCUAAGUGUUUGAAAGCAUUUCAAAGCACAGAUGUGCCAAUGUGUCAGCAUGUGGAAAACCUCAGGAGAGAAUCUAAGAUGAAAGCUUAGGCAGAUAGACAAGUGGUUAAAAGGGCCAGAAAAGUACUCUGACUGAAGGCAUAGGCACAAAUACUCAUUUUCCUUAUUAUUUGUAAACAACAAAAACAGUAAACUUGCCUUCACCUCUGUGUGGGUAGUAGAAAGACCAGUGGACUAGAUGCAGAGAUCUCUGGGUUUGGGUUCUGAGCCCGCCUGUAACUUAAUUUUGUGACCACAAUUGCAUUCCUCACCAUGCCUGAGGCCUUGUGUCCUGGUCUGUAAGGCAGUUUCAGUGUCCCAUGAUCCUGUGGUUCAUUGAGACAGCAGAACGGAAAUUAUGAAGUAGUUAACUCUCUGCUGUGAGUUUUCAGGACUGAUCAUUCUGGCUUUUCUGCACACAUGCAGAGGCCUAGAAGCUUUGUGACUUAAGCAGGUAUGUGGGCUCUCUGGUGCAGGUAUAGUUACAGUU